GUCCUCUGUAUUCCCAUGACUGUCCAGAGGAGAAGGUCCCAGAGAAUCCUCAGAUGACAAAUCAGGGAGAAGAUCUGACUGAUAUUAAAGUGGAGGAUGAAGAAGAGAGGAUGAUGGGUGAUCCCCCGUGUAGUAGUGACUUGGAGGAGGACAUUCCAGGAGAUGUCACCACAGAAAAUCCCAGUAAUAAUUUUGAGGAGAACUUCAUGUGGCCACUAAAUUAUAAAGCAGAAGAUGAAGAUAUCAUGCAGAACUCUUCAGGAGAAAACCUUAACUUACAUCCUGGACUUUACAGUACAGAUCUGUUAUAUAAUACAUCUAAUCAUCAGGAACUUUUUUCUAACCAAUCAAAGAUUGUUACCACAAGUACAGGUCAGGAAGGAGGUAACAACAUGUUUCAGUUCACAAAUAGAUCAAGUCUUUCCACACACAUAAGAAUUCACACAGGGGAGAAGCCAUACUCCUGUUCAGAAUGUGGGAAAUCUUUUGCAUAUAAAUCACAUCUUGUUAUUCAUGAGAGACGCCACACAGGAGAGAAACCAUAUUCAUGUUCAGAAUGUGGGAAAUGUUUUACAGAUAAAUCAAAUCUUGGUACACAUGAGAAAAUUCACAUAGCAGAAAAGCCAUUUUCAUGUUCAGAAUGUGGGAAAUUUUUUGUACAAAAAGCAGGACUUGUUAACCAUGAGAGAAUUCACACAGGAGAGAAGCCAUUUUCAUGUUCAGAAUGUGGGAAAUGUUUUACACGGAAAUCAAAACUUGUUAAACAUGUGAGAAUUCACACAGGGGAGAAGCCGUAUUCUUGUUCAGAGUGUGGGAAAUGUUUUGCACAAAAAACAGGGCUUGUUAAACAUAUGAGAAUUCAUACAGGAGAAAAGCCUUAUUCAUGUUCAGAAUGUGGAAAAUGUUUUUCACAAAAAUCAAUUCUUGUUAAACAUGUAAGAAUUCACACAGGAGAGAAACCAUAUUCAUGUUCAGAAUGUGGGAAAUGUUUUUCAGGAAAAUCAAGUCUUGCUAUUCAUGAGAGACGUCACACAGGGGCAAAACCUUAUUCAUGUUCAGUAUGUGGGAAAUGUUUUAUAGAUAAAUCACAUCUUCUUAUACAUGAGAAAAUCCACACAGGAGAGAGACCAUUUUCAUGUUCAGAAUGUGGGAAAUGUUUUAUAGAUAAAUCAAGUCUGGUUAAACAUCAGAGAUUUCACACAGGAGAGAAACCUUAUUCAUGUUCAGUAUGUGGGAAGUUCUUUUCAGAUAAAUCACAUCUUGUUAGACAUGAGAGAAAUCACUCAGGGGAGAAGCCAUAUUCAUGUUCAGAAUGUGGGAAAUGUUUUAAACAAAGAUCAGAACUUGUUAAACAUCAGAGAAUUCACACGUUAGAGAUGCCAUAUUCAUGUUCAGAAUGUGUGAAAUAUGUUAGACAAAAAACAGACCUUGUUACACUAGAUAUAGCCAACACAGAGGAGAAGCCAAAUUCAUGUUCACAGUGUGGGAAGCACUUUUUAGAGAAAUCAAAUCUUGGUAUACAUGAAAGAAUUGACACAGCAGAGAAACAAUUUUCACAUAUUUUAACAUAUCAGGUUAUUAAUUGACCUUAAAUAGAUUUUCCAGGAAUAACUAACUUGUAAGUGAUACCAGAGCCUGCCUCCACUUGAAAGAGUCAUAGUUACCUGCUCCCUAGUCCUGCACGCUGGCUCCCGUGUGUCCAUCUUUCAAUCAUUGGUUUGUUUACUUCCAUCCAGGCAUGGUCAUCUGCUCUGCUGCAGCCACCUACUAGCUAUAUCAGUGACAUGUCCGCAAGGGACUCUAAACUAAUCAGAUUCAUUGAGAAGUUCACAAAAAUUUAUCUGACAAACUAAUCCAGAGUUGUUUUUUUUAUUUGUUGUGGACAAAUUGACCAAAACCAUUUUAAUGGGGAACAAAAUUUGCUGGACAAACGGGGGAGGAUAAAGGAUGACAUGAUAUGGGGAGGGCUUGUCCUGAUUUGCUCAGAGGCUGAAAGCCUGAUCAGCCAAUCAGGGUGCAGUAUUCAGACAGGUCCUUCUGACAAAAAGGAAGAAACUGCAUUUUGUGCGCAGCUAGGGAUGUGAAAGCAUGUGCAGUGGCUGAGUCUACAAUUGUAAGCCAGUAAUCUAGAUGUACUAGGACACUAUAGGGAACGAAUAGGGAUAUAAUUGUGUAGAUUUUAGGGUUUUAUCAGGGAGAGCGAGGGACUGGUCACUGUCUGAGAGUUGUGCGUUGUUUCAUACAGCUUGCUGGCAAGUUGUGGAUUACAAAAUCCUGCAAGAAACAAUUUUUUUUCUGGAUGAACAGCCAGUCGCCGGCUUAUUGCCAGCACCUCCAGCAUCAUUAGCAUAUAUUCUGCUGCAAAUGCUGAGCAAUUAUCCUCUUUUUUUCUGAACACCAAUUUCAAUUUACUGUUGUAAUUGGGCAUUUCAGUGCAUUAUACCUGUAUUAUUGAACACAUUGUAUUACUGCAAGAUACCUUUGAGUGUUUCAGUAAAGGCAUUUACUGCACUAACGCCAUAAGUAUACCUGUGCUAUUGAAUGUGUUGUAUUACUAUAAGAUAACAGAUAUAAGAUAAACUGCAUUAUUAUACACGUGUUACCAAAUGUGCUUUACUGUAAAAACUGCAUUACUAUACCUAUGUUAGUGAAGGCAUGUUACUGCAAAAAUUGCACUAGUAUACUUAUUUUAGUGAAUGUGUUGUAUUACUUUGUUACUGUGUAUUUACAGCGAAAGCAUUUUACUGCAAAAACUACAUGAUCAGUUUUAACUGUCUAUACCUGUGUGUACUGUGUUUGUUUGUAGAAGGGAAGCGACAUUUAAUUGUUCCUUUUUAUUAUUUCAGAAAAAACACCUGCACUGUGCUAGUACUAUUUAAUAAUCUGUAUACCCGUGACUUUUCAUUUAUAGGCUUCAUAAUAAAAUGUCUGGUGG